UCCUGCCCGUUUUCUUUCGGGCAACUUAACCAAAUUUCUCUGUUCCUUUUGAAUUGUAAAAAAGGAAAAUUCUGAAAAUAAAAAAAAAAAUCGGAAGGAAUAAUGUAUACACAGAAGUAAAUGCUAUUUACUGUCUGACCCUUUCUCUCUUACUAAUCCCCGGGCAGCUCCAGACAUCUUCCUCUUCCUCAGACAGCUUCCUCUUACUCUCUCUCUAUCAAAGCUGGAGAGGAACGUUGAAUUCACACUUGAAGAGGAAGGAUAAUAGAUCAAAAGCAAAGCUUGUGUUUUUAUACUUUUGAGUUUUGACUAAUUAUACUCCACAAAACCCAGAGAUUUCUCAUCUCUCUCUCCCCAUUUUCAGCCCUUUUUCUUUUUCAAUUUUGUGUUGAACUUGUCAUACCAUCGAAUUGCGGUUUGCAAUUCUCUAGUGUGUGGGGGUUUUUCGUUGGUCGGAUCUUGAGAGUGAUUUUCCGGGACCGAUGAUGUGGAGGAACAUUGCUGGGUUCUCGAAAGCGGCGGCGGCAAGAACCCGCGGAUCUCGGCGCUGCUUGUCGACGGCGAUUCCUGGUCCUUGCAUCGUCCACAAGCGUGGUGCCGAUAUUCUUCACGAUCCGUGGUUUAAUAAGGACACAGGUUUCCCUUUGACUGAGAGAGAUAGAUUGGGGCUUAGAGGCUUGCUUCCUCCUCGUGUUAUCUCCUUUGAACAGCAAUAUGACCGUUUCAUCGAGUCGUUUCGGUCACUAGAGAGGAACACAAAAGGGCAACCAGAGAACGUUGUGUCAUUAGCAAAAUGGAGGAUCCUCAAUAGAUUGCAUGACCGUAACGAGACUUUGUACUACAGAGUCCUUAUUGAUAACAUCAAAGACUUUGCGCCGAUUAUAUACACACCCACGGUUGGGCUGGUUUGUCAGAACUAUUCGGGUUUGUAUAGAAGACCGCGAGGGAUGUACUUCAGUGCGAAAGACAAAGGAGAGAUGAUGUCUAUGAUAUAUAACUGGCCAGCUCAGCAAGUAGACAUGAUUGUGAUCACAGACGGUAGCCGUAUCCUUGGCUUAGGAGACCUCGGAGUCCAGGGAAUUGGGAUUCCUAUUGGAAAGCUCGACAUCUACGUCUCUGCUGCAGGAAUCAACCCACAGAGAGUUUUGCCUAUUAUGUUGGAUGUGGGUACGAAUAACGAAAAGCUGCUAAAGAAUCCUCUAUAUUUAGGACUCAGACAACCUAGGUUGGAAGGAGAGGAGUACCUUGAGAUCAUUGAUGAAUUUAUGGAAGCUGCAUUUACACGUUGGCCUAAGGCCGUUGUACAGUUCGAAGAUUUCCAAGCGAAAUGGGCUUUUGAAACUUUGGAAAGGUAUCGGAAGAAGUUUUGCAUGUUCAAUGAUGAUGUCCAGGGAACUGCUGGUGUUGCUCUCGCGGGACUAUUGGGAACUGUAAGAGCUCAAGGUCGGCCUUUAUCCGACUUUGUGAACCAAAAGAUUGUUGUCGUGGGAGCUGGAAGUGCAGGGCUCGGUGUAACUAAGAUGGCAGUACAGGCAGUUGCGAGGAUGGCAGGGAUCAGUGAGAUUGCUGCAACGAAAAACUUUUACCUGAUAGAUAAAGAUGGUCUUGUCACCACGGAGAGGACGAAACUUGACCCAGCAGCUGUACCUUUUGCUAAAAAUCCAGCUGAGAUACGUGAAGGAGCAAGUAUCGUUGAAGUGGUGAAGACAGUGAGGCCACAUGUUCUUCUUGGUUUAUCUGGAGUUGGUGGCAUCUUCAGUGAAGAAGUUCUCAAGGCAAUGAGAGAAUCUGAUUCAUGCAAGCCCGCCAUUUUUGCUAUGUCGAAUCCCACCUUGAAUGCCGAGUGCACUGCUGCUGAUGCAUUUAAGCACGCUGGAGAACACAUAGUCUUUGGAAGCGGAAGCCCAUUUGAAAACGUUGAACUUGAGAAUGGUAAAGUUGGGCAUGUGAAUCAGGCCAACAACAUGUACCUUUUCCCCGGGAUCGGGUUAGGGACUCUUCUCUCUGGUGCACGUAUUGUAACUGAUGGAAUGCUGCUAGCAGCUGCUGAAUGCCUUGCGUCCUACAUGACCGACGAAGAAGUCCAAAAAGGAAUCCUUUACCCUUCAAUCAACAACAUCCGACACAUAACAGCUGAAGUCGGGGCUGCUGUUCUACGAGCUGCGGUUGCUGAUGACAUUGUAGAAGGACAUGGCGAUGUUGGUCCCAAAGAUCUCAGUCACAUGUCUAAGGAGGAGACAGUGAAUUACAUCACACGCAACAUGUGGUUCCCAAUUUACAGCCCUCUUGUGCACGAGAAAUAGACAGUGACUCUUUUGAACUCUCUCUCAGCUUUCAUAGAAAGCCACAAGACAAACAAAAACCUUCCUUCUUUUAUGUUGCAAUCAACAACACAUUCUUUCUUUUUUUUUUUCUUUCUGUGCUACAAAAAAAUCUAUGAUAUGUUUAAGAACAGUGCCAACAGAGUUCUUAAGAACAAGAACAGGGGUAGUUCUAGGUCACCUGUCCCUUGUCCUUAGUUUUGACAUUUUUUUCAGCUUCUUGCGAUAAUGUCUGAAAAGAUUAAACUCUAUAAUUUUUUGGGGCAAUGACGAUAUCUUCCUUUCCACAUCGCCUUGAAACUGCUUUACCAUUAUUGAUUGAUCUUACUUCUUAAUCCAUUGGGUCAGCAGCAGCCAUGGAGAAGAAGACGACGAAAGUGGUGAUUGUGGGAGGUACGGGCUACUUGGGUCAGCAGCUGCUUCAAGCUUUCACCGGCAAAAAUGGCGGAGACGGAUACGACGUCGCUUUCACUCACCACUCCUCUCCCCUUCCCCGCAUCUUGCACGACGCAUUCCCUCAUUUCCCCGCGUUUCCUGUCGAUCUCAAAUCCGGUCUAGGGUUCGAUUCCAUUGCCCAGGACUUUGGUCAGCCUGUUCCUCGAGCUUGCGAGCAAGAUCCAGAUUCCGCCAUGUCCAUCAACGUGCCUUCUUCUCUUGUAAACUGGUUAUCAUCAUUUGAGACAAACAAAACCUUGUUGAUUUAUCUCUCUACUGAUCAAGGUAAAAGCUACAUUGAACCAGCCACUGUUAAUGAUUUAGGAUUUUGACUUGGCUCCCAAAUUUAGGAUCUUUUUUUUAAUGUUUGUUGAUUUUGACGAUAAAUGAAAUUGAGCCAACAAGACUUGACAACUCUUUUCUUUCUGCAUUUUGUUUUUAUGUAGUGCAGUAUUAUUAUUUGUUUUGUCUUGUCUCGACAAUAUUUGGGAUCUGGUAUGGUUUUAGGUAACAACUAGAUGAGUAUCCGCGCGUUACGCGGAUUUUGUUUUCACAAUAUAAUUUAUUAAAAAGUGUAGUUACAUUUUAUCGUAUAUUUAAAAUUUUUUAAAGGAUAUUGUGUAUUUGAAUAAACAAACAAUACAUAUUUACAUAUUUUGUGGAUAUUGACUAUAUAUGUGAUCAAUAGUUUAUUGAUAAGAA